AUGACUGCUUCCACUGCCGCUGCCGCCAAGAGCGCCUACCGCCAGGUCCUCCGGUCUACCAGAGUCGUUUUCCAGAAUGAUCUCCCAGUCCUUCUCGCUGCCCGCCAAGAGGCCCGCCAGAACUUUGAGAAGAACCGCCGCCCUGCGGUUGACACUGGCAUGCAGAUCAACCAUGCGAUCGAGGUCGCAAACAUCCUGCGCCACAACAUCGUGCAGGGCUCCAGGGAGGAAGGAAACGAAGCUGCCAAGUGGGAACUCAACAUUCACGACCAGAUCGAACGUGGCGACAACGACUCCAUCAAGGUUGGUAACCAGGACGUGAAGAUCCACAAGGCUUGCUCUUCUUGA